UCCUUUUCCCUGCCUUUCUUCAUGCUUGCAUCUCUCCAUUGGCUACACGCAGCUCUCAUCUCUCAGUACGCUCUCUCGCUUCCUCAGCCUCUUUCUCGGUCUGCUUGACACCGUCUCCUCCCAACUGCGCUCUCUCCAUCCCUGCUUCCUCUACUCUCUCACUUUCUCACUUGCUCUCCCCGGCUCCCUCUCUCCCAGGCUUUGCCUCAUUGGUGUGUCCUGAUUCCCUUUUUCCAUUAGGCUCCAGGCCCAUUGGUCGCCCGCCUUCCAACCAUUAUCUCCACUCCUCCACCACUCUGUCAUUCUGUCUCCUUCCACUUUGGCUUCUUCUCACAUUCUUCUCACAUUCAAGUCGUAAAAAAAGAUGAUUUGCAUGCAGCGCGAGAGCAGAAGUUUGCAGCGAGCACAGUAAAUGAAUUGGGGGAGAAGUAAAGGGAAGACUGUCAGGAAGGAGAGGAAGUGCAUUUUGGAGAAAAGUUUAAAGAGAAGACCGCAGUUGAAAAUGAAUCUGGAGGAGACGUGGUGAGCAUUUCCUCUCCAAGAAAAAAGCCAGGAGGUCAAGGUGGAAGCAGAGGUCUGGAAGAACUGUCUCAACCCCAAACCAUUGCAGAUGGAGGUGGAUGCAGACGAUAAGCGCCAUCGCACACGCUCCAAAGUGCCCGUGGAUCCAGCAUUAACAGAGCUAUUCAGUGUGUAUGGAUGCCCUGUGGCCAAGAAGAGAAAGAGUCUAGACAGACAAACCCUGGAGACCUCCCCCAAGAGGAGCACCUACCUAGAUGACAUGGACAACUCCACAAUGGAGGAGUGCUACGAGACGGACGGGACCGAGGAGAUGGACGACAGGGAGGAGGAGGGAGAGGGAGCGCUAGAGGAAGAGGAGGAGGAAGAGGACGAAUUGGAAGAGGUUGAAGGCUAUAUGGACUACAACGAGGAGCAAAUGGAGCAUGAGGAAGGAGAGCUGGAGAGAGAGGAGGGCGAGGAAGAGGACGAGGUAGAGGUGGAGGAAGAGGAGGAGGAGAGAGUGGAGGAGGAAGACGAGGAGGAGGCUGUGGCGGAUGUGGACUACGAAGAGGAAGAGGAAGGAGAGCAAGGGCCAGAGGAAGACCUGAUGAGUUGCGGUGAGGGUGUGGAGUGCAACGUCGGAAGUGGCGAAGCCAAAUCUUGUCCAACUGGGGAGAAGGACGACAACAACAAUGACGAGUAUGAGAACUACGACGAGCUUGUGGCCAAGUCGCUGCUCAACCUGGGCAAGAUCGCAGAAGACGCCGCCAACCGGGCCAUGACAGAGUCGGAGAUGAACAGCAACUCUUCUCACAGUGCUGAAGAGGAGGAGGAAGAGGAAGAGGAUGAGGAAGAGGAAGAAGAAGAAGAGGAGGAUGAUGAGGAGGAAGAAGAGGAAGACGAAGAGGAGGAUGAGGAGGAAGAUGAGGAAGAGGAGGAAGAGGUCAAUGAAACGCAAAAGGGUGAUCUGAGUUUGGAUGUUCAUAGCGACGUGGUUCGGGAGACCGUAGACUCGCUCAAACUCUUGGCACAAGGUCAUGGGGCGGUAUUGUCGGACAAUCUAGACGGACAGGACUAUGAGGACGGCAUGGCUGAGAACAGAGACAAGAAUGAUUGUUCCCACAAUGGCGGAAAUCUGCACAUUGGUGGUAACGGACAGGGGAAGAUCACCGGUCACGGACAAUUAGAGAACAGCGACGAGGAAGUGUGUCUAAGCAGUCUGGAGUGCUUACGGAAUCAAUGCUUUGACCUUGCACGGAAACUUAGCGAAACCAAGUCUGCAGACCGCAAUGGCUCAUUCCAGCAGAAUCAUUACCAGUGCGGGGACCCAAACCAACAACCCCAACAUCACGGCUAUGGGGAGUUCCAGCAUAGCCAGGAAGACAGGCGAGCGUUCGACAGGAACUAUUCUGACAUGGACAAUCUUUUGAAGCUGGAGGAGCAGCUGAGCCCGCGGUCCAAGUCUUUCUCCAGUUGUGCGCAGGGAGACCGCUUUCACCACCGGGACUUUGACGAGGACACGGCCUCGGUGACGUCAGACAGGUCUGAGGAAGUGUUUGACAUGACAAAGGGCAACCUGUCCUUGUUGGAAAAGGCCAUUGCGCUAGAGUCCCAGCGUGCGAAGGCAAUGCGGGAUAAAAUGGAGGCAGAGGCAGCCAGGAGAGACGGGGUGAGAUAUAGCCAUGACGACCAUGGCCCACGGCACACCUACGGUGUUGAACGAAAAGGACGACUCCCUGAUGGCAUGAAGAAGCUUUUCUAUCAUAAAGAUGCUUCCCGAGCAGACAAGAAGGAGAGUCGCUGUCCGACACCGGGCUGCGAUGGCACGGGUCACGUAACGGGCUUGUACCCCCACCAUCGGAGCCUGUCGGGCUGUCCGCACAAAGACAGGGUCCCACCUGAAAUUGUGGCUAUGUAUGAGAACGUUCUUAAGUGUCCUACGCCUGGCUGCACCGGACGCGGCCAUGUCAAUAGCAACAGAAACUCCCACAGAAGUUUGUCUGGAUGUCCCAUUGCUGCAGCAGAGAAGCUGGCCAAAGCCCAGGAGAAACACCAGGGCUGUGAUGGCUCUAAACCCAACCAGGCUUCUGACCGAGUCUUAAGCACGCCUCGAUCCAACCUGGCCAAGGAGCUGGAGAAGUACUCCAAAACCAGCUUUGACUACAGCGCCUUCGAGGGCAACAACAACCACCAAGUGUACGGGAAACGGGCCAUCGCACCCAAAGUUCACGGGCAAAGGGAUACCUCCCCUAAAGGAUAUGAUGCCAAGCGUUACUGCAAGAACUCCAGCUCGGCCAGCAGCACCACCAGCACCUAUGCUCCCAGCAGUAGCAGCAGUAGCCUGAGUUGUGGAGGCGGAGGAGGGGGUAUGGGAGGAGGUGGAGGCAGCAGUGCCAGCAGCACCUGCAGCAAGAGCAGCUUCGACUACAGCCACGACAUGGAGGCCGCACACAUGGCCGCUACGGCCAUCCUCAACCUGUCCACGCGCUGUCGAGAGAUGCCUCAUGGAAUGGGGGGCAAGCCCCAGGAUCUGUGCUCGCAGAGUCCCGGCCUGGAUGUUGACGAGAACGGUACAUUGGACCUGAGUAUGAGCAAGCGUCUGUGCAGCAGCGCUGGGGACUCGGUGCUCACCCCUCUAGAGCCCAUGUCCCCACAGAGGCAAGCGGCCUUGCUGGGCUCCCGCUGCUACGGAAUGGGGGACGCUGCCGACUGCUGGGACCUGCCAGUAGACUACACCAAGAUCAAACACAUAGAUGAGGACGACAAAGAGCCGGAUGACCUGGACCCCUUCCAAGACCUGCUGGAGGACCGCUCUUACACCACCGAUGUUAACAUGCCUAGUCCCAAGCCUAAAUUUACCCAGUGCAAGGAGAGUAAGAAGGACCUGAUAACUCUCUCAGGUUGUCCAUUAGCUGAUAAAAGUAUUCGAAGCAUGCUGGCCAACAACGCACAAGAGCUCAAGUGCCCGACACCAGGGUGCGAUGGUUCGGGACAUAUCACUGGCAACUACGCCUCUCACAGAAGUCUCUCAGGUUGUCCGCGGGCCAGGAAAAGCGGGAUAAAGAUCAUCCACAGUAAAGAGAACAAGGAAGACCAGGAACCUAUCAGGUGUCCAGUUCCUGGUUGUGAUGGUCAAGGUCAUGUGACAGGGAAGUAUGCAUCUCACAGAAGUGCAUCAGGAUGCCCAAUAGCAGCAAAGAGACAAAAAGAUGGCUACCUGAAUGGCAUCCAGUUCACAUGGAAGUCUGGCAAGACGGAGGGGAUGUCCUGUCCCACGCCAGGAUGCGACGGCUCGGGCCACGUCAGUGGCAGCUUUCUGACACACCGCAGCCUUUCAGGAUGCCCACGUGCCACGUCUGCGAUGAGGAAAGCCAGGCUCUCUGGAGUGGACAUGCUCACAAUAAAGCAGCACCGCAGCGGCAAUGGCUUGGAUCACGAGGAGGAGCUCAAACAACUGGAUGAAGAAAUCAAAGAUUUAAGUGAAUCAAAUUCACAAGUGGAAGCAGACAUGAUCAAACUCAGAACGCAGAUCACAACCAUGGAGUCCAACUUGAAGUCCAUGGAGGAGGAAAACAAGGUGAUUGAACAGCAAAAUGACUCUCUCCUGCAUGAGCUGGCCAACCUCAGCCAGUCACUGGUUAACAGUUUAGCUAAUGCCCAGCUCCCCCAUAUGAAGCCACUGACACACAAAGAGCCUCUUCUUCGGACUAACAGCUGCUUACAGCUCCACCAGCAGGAACCAAUCGAACAGAACUUUGAUGCCUAUGUGACCUCUCUAACGGACAUGUACACAGCCCAGGACCAAUACCACAGUCCGGAAAACAAAGCCUUGUUGGACAACAUCAAGCAGACGGUCCAAGGGAUCCAAGUGUAACAUUUGGGGGAAAGGAGCUUCCUGAUGAUCCUUGCAAGAUGUGAGACAGUGAAGGUUUCAUUCUCCUUGGUGCAUCGCCGUUACCGAUCAUGUAUAGUGUAAUAUAUUCUGAAUUCUUUAAGAAAAAGAGAGGUAUUAUGCUUAGCGAGAGACAUUGAGACGAAUCCUUUUCUUUUGGGGGUCUUGCUUCAAGGAAGAACAUAAAAGCCUGAAAAACAGCAAAAUAGUUUUUGAGGACAUUCAUAUUUUGUACGUUUUCAUAUGAGCUGACAUAGCGUCAUGUAAUGUUUCUAGCUGCUCACAUAUGCACAUUUUAGUGUAUAUUACUGAACAGUAAGCUGAUUCCAACUGAACAUGCGUUUUUAUUGCUUGACCACAUUUUAGAUGAAAAAAAACAAAAGCUGAGCUGGACAGUGAUACAAAAUGACAAAAACAUGAGGAGACUAUAAUAAUAUUUCACCUCAAGGGGUGAUUUUAGCUUUUCUGUUUUCUUCUAUGUCUUGCUUGUAGAGUGUUCAAGGGCAAGAACUGGCUUGCAAAUUGCUUUAUUUUUUGACAAUGCUUGACAAAUGUGGUUUCUUUUCAUCUCAAAAAAAAAAUGUGUAGCUGAAAUGGGGGAAUAUUUAAUUGGUGCUGUAAAUGAAUCUGCAGAGGAAACUGACCGGACGUGUGUAUGAAUGUAUGUAUGAGCAGUUAUAUUGUAAACAUCAUUACACGGAAACCCGAUGGUGGAAAUCCCAUUAUUUAGGAGAGCAAAUGAAUUGGAAUGGGAACAGCAUGUAAGUUGACAUCAAAAUCUCCAACACAAAUGUUGUGUAAUGACAAUGAUCCAAUGAUGACAUCACAAUCAAAUCAAAAUCCGACCUGUGUUGCUAGAAUCGAGAAAUAUCUCAGCAAUAUAAAACGUAAAUCAUUUCUUUAUUGUAGUUACAAGAUACAAUCUGCAAAGUGAAAAAAAAAUGUAGGGUAUAUGCAAUUUCUUGUUUAUAAGCAAAGCGGGGCAACACUAAUCUUUUUAAUAUAACCUAUGUAAAAUAUUGAUUUUUAUACAAAUCUUUUAAUACAAAAUGUUUUUAAAAAAGCAGAGGAAACCUGACUACUGAGUUGUAGAAGUGAAAGGAAAUACGUUCCACAUUUUUUUUCUGUAAGAUUUUGCACAGGGACACCUUCGUUUCCAUGUUUUGAUGUUCUUACAGAACUAAAAGCAGUACCCGAGAGACAAAAAGGAGGGUUUUGUAAAGAGUAUUUAUAGAAAGCGGGACUUACAGGGUCACUGUCCCCACUUAUGUGCCAGUAGACUAUUUGCACUUGUCCUUGAAGAUAUUAUCCUUAGAAACGGCGUUGUGCAAUUUUCCAGGUGACCUCUUUGGCACACGAUUGGAGUAACUAACUGUUUGGAGCCACUGUGUGGAUUUAGUACCACUGAAAAAGGAAGAACAGGGAAGAGGAUGACUAUAAUCAUAGCAGUACUGUAGGCUAUUGUAAAAACAUUAUCAAUGUUCAUUUUUGCUAUGUUUAGGAAGAUGAAGUUAUCCCCCAGCAGCACUUUAUAUCUAAUCACUGUACAAAGGAAUUAAGUAUAGUCAAUCAAUUCAAAGUUUGAAAAAAAAGCAGAAGAAAACAAAGGCCUGGUUAAAAAAACAAGACCUUUGAGGGGUGAUACUCCAGCAUCACACACCCUGCGUGACUGUAUGCACCCCACCAUUCUCCUGUUCUAGUUGUUAGCAGUCAUCAGAAUUUGCCUUGUCCAGAGCGAAUGCAGCUGAAUCUCAUCGAAUGAACUUUGCCGUCCUCUUCCGGGACUCACUCUCUCUCUCUCCCGUGCAUCAUCCAUGACUGCAUUCGCCUUUUUCCCACAGCAUCGUGUCUGCAGCUUUUUGCCAAUAUAGUGAUGCUUCAGUAGAGUAAUAGCUAGUACAAGUUUUUUGGAUUAAUUCUCAUUAUCAGUCAAAAUGGAAAAAGGGAUUAUUAAAGCACAAAUUGCUCUUCUGAUGUUGGUACAUAAAUAACACAAUUUGAAAAGUGAUCUAUGACUAUCUAUAUGGAACGCGACAAAGGGUGUCACAUAUUUAGAAUGAUGACUUUUCAUUUAAAAAAAAAACAUAUUGUGGAGAUCAUCAGAGUUUAUUAUUUUAUUUACACCGUUUCAUUUGGAGAUGGGUUUCAGUGACCAUUAACAAAGACUGGAUUUUGUAUAAACUAUUGUGCUCUCUGUGGAACUGAAGUUUGAUUUAUUUUUGUACGACACAGCAUGGAUUUGUUGACAUUUUAAUUUUGCUAUAAAUGUGUGAGAUCACAAGUUGCUGUGAUAUUUCAUUUAUAAAUCGUGAACUUUGUACAAUUUUUGUCAUGCUGGAUGUUGACACAUCUUAUCUCUGAAUAAAGAAAAAAUGUGUUGCCAGAGGCCUGUAAAUUGCCUCAUGUUCUUGGUUUGUUUUUGUUUGUUUUGGGUUUUUUUUUUUUUUCAUAUUUGGCAACACAUUGUAACUCAAACAAAGAAUUCCAGAAUGAUGUGGAAAUGAUUACUGUGUAGGGCAUCCCGGAAGAUCAUCACCUCAUGCAUCUAAUCUCACAGCCCCAACGGGUUAGAGUUCAUUGUAUCUGCAAUUGUUCACAAUGCAUUUUUGGUCAAUAUACAGAUUCACCAGCAGAUGACAGCAAACUCAAACUAGACAACUCAAGGUGGCCCCUCUAUCAUUUAAAACACAAAAUGACUAUACAUAUAACAUGAUAUCAACUCCUAUUGAAUAGAAGAAUAACUACACAUAUUCAUAUAUAUAGUGAUACCUCAAUUAACCUUUAGGUCGGUGUUUUUCAACCUUAUUUUGAGCCACGGCACGUUUUUUUACAUUAGAAAAAUCUUGCGGCACAACACUAUAACCACCUCACGUGCAUCACUAAGUCUAUUGAAGGAACGAGGCAAUUAGCUACGUGUUGCCACACGGACGAAUAUUACAUUGCACUGCCAGUCUUUACACUACGGACACUCGACAAUGACAUAAUAUCUGCACAACAUAAUAAAUGUUAAUUAAAAAAAUGAUAUUCGUUAAUUCCUGACGGCACUCCUGACGAUUUCUCGCGGCACAGUACAAAGAACACAUGGACAUACUGUAUAAAAUACAGUAAUAAGAAGAUUAAUAACAAAAACUAAAACAAACAGCCACAAAAAGAGAACAGUGUCUCACUUUUAUCCCUGUGGUGGCUCUGCUUACCUUUCUACAGUAUUAAAACACUGUCCCAUGCUAGUCUGGUAGGAUAACCUUUUUUCCGUCCAGAUCUCCUUGUAACAGUGCACAGAGUCCAUGACCCUUCUAGUAUACAUUAGCAUUCAAUAAUCAUGUAUUUUUUCUUUCAAUUUUUUAGUGAGUCUGGUGUUUACAGACAAACAUUAAAAUUUUUAUUAAUUUAUGAGCGCGUUCUCGUAACCGCACAAUGUUGUCGCAUCGGACGCCAAGUGUUUUUUGUGAAUUGUUUAAUGUUAUGAUUAAGCAGCUAUGGAGUAAGCAGUAUGGAUAGACUGUAACAUAUCAGAGCAUCCUAAUAAAUAACAUAUGAGUGCCAUAAUGCAUUAUUGCAUCGUAUCGUGGUUUGAAUUAAAAGCCUAGCUUGACCAUCAUGAAAGCAAUUGUACAGAAAUGCAUUCUACAAAAAGAACAGGAUAUUUGACUUUGUUUAGAGACACAUUGAUGUCUGUGCUUCCAACAAAGGGAUGUAAAUGUGUUUAUUUGUGUCUGUGUUGCAAUGCACACAAUUGGGUCAGCGGCAGUACAUUCACAGAUGUUUCCUGUUCUUCACUGAGAUCAGAGCACGGUUGGAUCCCAACAACAAGUUUGGAAAACAGGAUGGACAAAUAAACAAUGCAAAUGUAAUCCCAUACUGUGCAGCAGGGGUGUGUGCCAGUUGGUUUUGGAUUUUGCAAAGUCAUAUUACUUAAAUGUCUUUUAUGUCAUUUAUUUGGAUCCCAUUUGUAGGCUAAAUAGUGCUAG